CCAAAAGUGCAAUAAGCAAAGAAGAAAAAAAUAUAACAGUCCCUACUCACAUUAGUGUCUCCUUCAUCACACUGUCUAGUUUUUUCAACAUACAUUAAUUGAAUCAUUUUUUGAUAUUGGAAGAAAAAAAACCAUAAAGAGUGUUAUUAUAUCGUUUUUUUAUGAUAACCGAUAUGAAAAGUGGUGGUGCAGAUGCAGGUGCCUUGGGAGCCAAGACAGCGAGAGCUUGUGAUAGCUGUAUGAGAAGAAGGGCACGUUGGUUCUGUGCUGCUGAUGAUGCUUUUCUUUGUCAUGGUUGUGACAAUUUGGUUCAUUCGGCGAAUCAGUUAGCGAGUAGACACGAAAGGGUUCGUCUUCAAACCGCGUCUGGUAAGGUAGCAACGACGACAGCAACUGCGAAAGCAUGGCAUAGUGGAUUCACUAGAAAGGCGAGGACGCCGCGUCAUAAUAAGAAUUCGUCGAUUCAACUACAGCAACAGCGGCUUAAGGAGAAGGUUCUUUUUAAUACUAGUUUUCUUCCGCUCGUUCCUGAGCUCGGAGGGGAAGAAGAAGAAGAAGAACGGGAGCGGGAGUUACUAGUUGAUAUUAAUGAGAUUGCGGGGGAGGAGGAGGAGGAGGAGCAGUUGCUGUGUCGCGUCCCGGUUUUUGAUGUAGGCCCUUUUGAUUUAGAGAAUUGUAAUGUGAAAAAUGAUGCUGCUGAUUUCGAGGACAUGUGUGAUUUGGAUAGUUUCUGUGAGUUUGAUGUUGAUCUUGCUGAGUUUGCAGCAAAUGUUGAGAGUUUACUUGGUGUUGGGAGUACUAGUGAGAUUCAUGAGAAUUCGUCGGAACAAGUGUUUGAUUAUAAACAAGAGAAUGAAAUGGAUCCAUCAAAAAAUGAAGUAUUGAAGGUUAAAGAUGAAGAACUUGAUGACUUGGAAUCGGUUUUUGAUAUGACAAGUGAUGAAGUUUUUCAUUGGAAUAUUGAUCAUGAUGAAUCAAUGGGACACCAAGAGAAAGAGUUUAUGCCUUUGAGUAUUAAUAGUAGUGUUGGUGUUAGUGAGAGUGUUAUUACUAAAGAGGAAACUAAAAGAGAGAGAUUUUUGAGACUAAACUAUGAAGAUGUUAUUAGUGCUUGGACUAGGCAAGGCUCUCCUUCUCCAUGGACUACCGGAAACCCUCCUAAGUUCAACUCCGAUGAUGAUUCAUGGCAAAACUUCUUGGGUCCAAGUGGUGUAGAAGGAGAAAUAAGAACCCUAAGAGGGAACUUAAUAGGAAGUAAUGGAGAUGGAGGAAGAGAAGCAAGAGUAUCAAGGUAUAGAGAGAAAAGAAGAACACGUUUGUUUGCAAAGAAGAUAAGAUAUGAAGUAAGGAAAUUGAAUGCAGAGAAGAGACCAAGAAUGAAAGGUCGUUUUGUUAAGAGAACAACAUGUUUUGCUGGAGGAGCAACUUCAUUUCCAACUAAUUAUCACUGACAUGAAAAUAAUGAUGAAUUUGGUUAUAUUAAUUGAGUUUCUAUGUUUGCUUUUUCUGCAAACAUGGAGUGAUUAAUAUUUGGUGCAUGUGGAUUAAUUAAUGUGUAUAGUAUGUAUUAUAAUAAUUUUAUUACUUGUUAAGAAGAAUUGUUGCUUGGGAUGUUUCAAUGUAUCUCUCUAGCUUCAUGUUUAAUUAGUAGUACUAAUGGUAUAACACUUUAAUUAUGAGCUAGUUGAAGAUUUGGCUAUUAAUUUUUGGAAGCCAUUGAUGUAUUAUUAUUGUUGUUGUUCCUUUUUAGAAGUUGGAUCAAGUAUUCAAAUGUUGAUGCUAUGGUUACUUUGUUGGUUAUUUUGGUUA